UGAGCUCUCGUUUGAUAAACAACGGUACGGUCGUCGUUGUUGUGUUUUUUUUCUCUGAAUUUGCUGUUGUUGUUGUAGGCGACUCGUUUUUCUGUGCCCCACACAAAAAAUAUAUACGAAUGCAAGAAAGUUGCGCGUUAACGAAAAGAGAUUGUUGCCGGUAAAAACUAAACGCUAUUUUACGGACGGAAGGAAGAAGGACUUGAGCGCCAAGUCCUUGUUUUUACGGAAAUUGAAGUGGUGAAUUAUCAUCCGACGGUGGUGUAAAGUAAUUCAACACAUGCUGCCAACUUGUGUCGGCAAAGGAUAACUGCUGCUCACAUCGUCAAGUUAGUUUGUUCGGAGUAUGAGCAGGAAGAAUAUUCGUUGAACGCUAGAUAUCCGUGUCCGUCGUCGUCGUCUCCGUCGUUGUUGUCGUCGUUUAAAGUGUUGCGAAUAAUUCAUUUGGUUAUUAUUUGCGUUCAUUCGCUUGCUGUUGCCCAGAACUACGGCAGCAUUUGAUGGUUAAGGAUGCAAAAAUGACUUUGGCGGAUGCUGGCCGGAAAUGAAAGAAUAAUAGGAAAAAUUUAUUUUUCCAUCAAAACAAAAAAUCGAAAAGUGUGAAGAAAAGUAUUGAAACACAAUUGCUGUGCCAUUGAAUGUUAAAAAAAAUUGUUGAGAUUUUUUUGCAAAACAAAAACAAAAAAACAAAAACAAAAAAAAAUUGUGAAUUUUUGCUAGACAUUGUGUCUUUGAAAGAAACCCCCAUAGAGUGCAGCUGCAAGUGAUGUCCAUCAAUUGGGUCUGAUGGUGUUAAAAUUAUCGCGUGCUUGGAAUUGAUGUUCCAUUAUCAUGUUGCAGGCUUUGUUGGCUGCCUUUAAGUCUGGUUGAACAAUCCAUCGCUGCCGUCGCCCCUCCCCCUGCAGCAAAAUAUAUGCAAAUUCUUGUUGUUUUUGUCGUUUUUGGUUUCGGUUUAUGUUUUUACCGGUUUUACGGCAGUUGCAUUUGAACAAAUAAACAACAAAGUGUUUUGCAUUUUUUUUACGGUGGAAAACGUGUCUAGUUUUCGCCAAGAGAGCAUAACGGCGGAAACUGAGGGCCAGAGACCCCAGUGAGUGUCAUUGAUAGCCUUAACACCUUUGAAAUUGGAAUUGUUGUCAGUGGAGCGUAAAUUUGAAAAAAUACCAGAGAAUUUUGUGUUAAUUUAAUAAAAAAAAAAACGGAAAUUGUCAGUGUUUUAAAAAUGGUAAUCUAGUAUUGGAAGCAAAACGAAAAAAUCAGAAGAAAACAAAAAUUUGAAAAAAGUGUCAAAAUAAAAAAAAAUAUUUUUUUUUGUGAAAAAAAAAAUUCUGCCACAGACAACCUGAAAUAAAAAACAAAAUUUUGUGCAGCCACGUGCACGUGUUUAAAAACGGGAAACACACACAAGUUUUUAAUUAAUUUCCAUACCAACCACGGGCUCCAAAAACCACCACUAACGCAACUGAACAGCCAGCCAGCCAGCCAUCAUUAUGGCUUCUUUGCGAAGCUUUUCCUGGUGUUUUCUAAUUGUGGCCCUGUUCCAGCUCCUCACCACCACCACCCGAACAUGGGCUCUCAAGUCUUCCUCAUCGUCUAACAACAACAAUGAUCCCUGUUAUUUUGAGGGUAAACCGCGAAAAUGUUUACCCAGUUUUGUAAAUGCUGCCUAUGGUAAUCCGGUGGUGGCAUCCUCCACCUGUGGCACACAUCAGGCGGAACGUUAUUGUGAACUGAAAAGGGAUGGUACAUUGGAGGAGUGUAAAACGUGUGACAACUCAAGGCCGGACAUGAGAUUUCCAGCUUCCGCAUUGACAGAUUUAAAUAAUCCCAACAAUGUAACCUGCUGGAGAUCGGCAGUGGUCCCAGUGCCCUCUGAUCCCGAUUCGGCACCACCUGACAAUGUCACCCUAACCUUGUCUUUGGGUAAAAAAUAUGAGCUAACCUAUGUCAGCUUGUCAUUCUGUCCCAAAUCACCAAAACCCGAUUCCAUGGCCAUCUAUAAAAGUUCCGACUAUGGGCAAACAUGGCAACCCUUUCAGUUCUACAGUUCUCAGUGCCAGAAAUUCUAUGGACGUCCAGACCGGGCCAAAAUAAGCAAAUUCAACGAACAAGAAGCCAGAUGCAUGAACUCCCAUCAUGAUGGCAACACCAAUCGUUUCGCCUUCAAUACCCUGGAGGGUAGGCCAUCGGCAAAUGAUUUGGACUCCUCCCUGGUGUUACAGGAUUGGGUAACGGCCACCGAUAUCCGAGUGGUAUUCCAUCGUCUGGAGCUGCCCAAAGAACUGCUAAAUGCCCAUUUGAAAUCCGACCUUAAGCCAGAUGCCAAUAGUUUCAGUGACGAAAUGUCCACCAGCCAGGAGGAAGAGGAUGACGAUGAAGAAGAUGAUGACUCGGAAGAUGUCGAGGAUGAAUACGAUGACUACAAUAUUCAUGAAAAUGACAGUGUAAACUAUGAUGAUUUGGAGGAUUAUGCCGAGCCCAAGAAACAUCUGGAAUUGGAUGAUCAUCUGGACAUGGACUAUGCCAAUGAUGGUGGGAUAAACAUAACCCCGCUGAAGACCAAGCGUAUUUCCCAGAAACAAAAAUCAUUGGCCUAUGAGAAGCAUUACAAGGCCAAGGCAGCCAAUUUGGCCAUGGCCAGUUCCACUGUUUCAACGGUGAGUGGCAGCGGCAGCGGAAGCAGCAUUAGUUCUUCAACCACAAAUAAACCCCAAAUUGUGGCCGCUUCCAAAUAUCAACAAAAACCCGGCUCCUCCUCCUCGGAUAAGUCUUCCUCGGCCGCCAUUGCCUCGGCCUCGAUACGUGAUCUGUUGGCCGUCUCCCAGCAUUAUGCUGUAUCCGAUUUUGCCGUUGGUGGACGUUGCAAAUGUAAUGGCCAUGCCUCGGAAUGUGUGGCCGUUGUGAGUUCUAAUGAAGCUAAUCUCUUUAGUCAUGAUGAUGACAAUGGUGGUGGCGGUGGUAUGGGCUCCGAAUCUUUAGACGAUGAUGGCAAUAUAAUACGUUCAUCGUCCAAUUCGAAUACUGGCCUGGCGAUAAAUGCCAAAUUGACAAUGACCUGUUCCUGCAAACACAACACAGCCGGACCGGAAUGUGAGAGAUGCAAACCGUUUUACUUUGAUCGACCAUGGGGACGUGCCACCGACACGGAUGCCAAUGAAUGUAAAAUGUGCCAAUGUAAUGGUCAUGCCCGUCGCUGUCGCUUCAAUUUGGAACUGUAUAAACUAUCCGGUCGUGUGUCGGGCGGUGUAUGCUACAAUUGUCAGCAUGAUACCACAGGACGUUACUGUCACUAUUGUCGAGAGGGUUAUUACCGGGACAAUACCAAGCCGCUUAAUCAUCGUAAAGUCUGUAAACGAUGUGAUUGCCACCCUGUGGGCUCUACGGGUAAAACAUGCAAUCACUUAAGUGGUCAAUGUCCCUGCAAGGAAGGUGUUACCGGGUUGACAUGUAAUCGUUGUGCUCGCGGCUAUCAACAAACUCGCUCACAUGUGGCACCCUGUAUAAAAGUGCCAACAAAUGCAAAUAUGAUACAGGCGGAAAGUGCAGCGGUCAGUGAAUACAGAGAACCGACCCAGGCUGAGGAAAUGAAGAAAUAUUGUGGCAAAUGCAAAGCAACACCCAAGAAAUUAAAUUUAAAUAAAUUCUGCAUGGAAGAUUAUGCUCUUAUUGCCAAAGUCAUUGGUCAUGAUAGGGCAUCACAAGAUAUCAGUACAGAGAAAUUCUCCAUCGAACGCCAAAACGAAAUAUUCAAAUAUGAAAUAAACAUACAAACAAUAUUUAAACGCAACCCAAUGAUGGGAACGACGAGUUCAAUGUUGGCCCGGGGUCACAUGAUGUGGUUGGUGCCGCGUAAAAAUUUGGAAUGUCAAUGUCCAAAAAUCAAAAUGAAUAAAACAUAUUUAAUAUUGGGCCGUGAUGCCGAAGCGGCACCCGGCUAUAUGGCCAUCGGUCCCAGCUCUGUGGUAUUGGAAUGGAAAGAAGAAUGGUCACUGCGCAUGAAACGUUUUCAACGACGAGCGCGUAAAUGUAGUUGAAUCGAACCGGAAGCGGAAUAUGUCAGAACGGAUUUUAAUUUCGUACAUUUGGAACGUUAUAGAAUUUUGUAUAAAUUGUACAGUUUGCUCAAAUUUUUAACUUUCUUUGGCAUAAUGCUAUAAAUUACAAUAUUACUCAAGAGAA